AUGAGCCAACACGAAGGUGACGACCACGCGGCGGAAGAGGAGCAACACGUCGGGGAGGACGCGGAAAGGGAGCGGCACGCCUCUGCCAUGUCCACAGAGAGCCUCCUGGCCGCCUCGGACAAUGUCGAAGAGGUUCACGGCGGCACGCAGUCGUCGCACCGGCUGCUGGCCUACAGCGACGCGCUCCUCUCCAUCAUCGCUACCGUCAUGAUUCUUCCUGUGGCCCACACCAAGAUGCAGGGCGAUGAGGAGCUGGAUGAAAACCUUCAGCUUCUCCUAGGCACCAAGUUGGCCGUCUAUCUGAUGACCUUCCUCAUUGUAACUGUGGCCUGGGCGGCGCACAUCAGGUUAUUCCAAGUGAUUGUGCGGAUCGAUGACACUCUGGCCUUGCUCAACCUUGCGUGCAUGAUGCUGAUCACCCUGCUGCCGUACACAUUUUCGCUGAUGGCGACCUUUCCGUCGCACAUUCUUGGAAUUCUUCUUUUCUGCGGCUGCGUGAUGGUCAUCGGUCUCAUUCAGUCGGUGAUCGUCUUGUACGCCUUCGGUCGUCCGUUCCUGCUCCAGGAUCAGAUCCAAGCGUGUGAGGACCGCACCGUGUGCCGACAUCACAUCCUCAAAGUCCUCCUGAGGGUUCCUGUCAUGUGCCUCCUGGCUGCAGUUUGCUCCUUCUUCUGCUACCAGCUGGUUCUUGUUCCCGAUGAGUUGUUUCUCCUCUCCGUCAGUCGUACGUGUUGCUGGCUCUUGUCAUCUUCCUUCCGUAUAUCUCCCAGGGCGUCCUGUGGUGUCGGGACAAACUUCUCGGAGGAUCCGGAGCAGGUGAUGUUUUACACCUUCAUGCCCAGCGAGCCGCUGAGUAAAGAGCGUGUGGAGGCCUUCAGUGACGGCGUCUACGCCAUUGUGGCCACGCUGCUCAUCCUGGACAUUUGCGAGGACAACGUCCCCGAACCGGCCACGGUGCGGCAGCGCUUCAAUGGCAGCCUGGUGGCGGCGCUGCGCCCGUACGGGUCCGACUACCUGGCUUACCUGGGCUCCUUCGCCACCGUGGGCCUGCUCUGGUUCGCGCACCACUCACUGUUCCUGCACGUGGUCCAGGCCACGCGCCUGAUGGGCCUCCUCAACACCAUGUCCCUGGCUUUUGUCGGCGGCCUGCCGCUGGCCUUCCGGCUCACCCACGAGCUGCCUCAUGCCGCCUCGCGUGACGAGCGGCGCGCUGUACAAGCCGCCUGCGUCCUGGUCUUUGGCGCCGGUGCGUUCCAGCUAGCCACCUGGGUAGCGGCACUGCAGGGCAGCGGGCAACGGACGCUGAGGCCGGCGGUGCGCUAUGGCGGCCCCGAGCACGUCUUUAUGCUGGCCAAGCUGACGCUGUACCCGGCCGUGGCCCUCACCGCCUUCCUGCUCACGUGCGCACUAAGCCGCUUCAGUGCCACCAUCUUCCACCUGAUGGAGAUUGCCACGCCGCUCGCCUUCCUGCUGCUCAGGUUGACGGUGAGAGUCGUCCUGGCCCUGCUCAGACGCCUGUUUGGUCCGCAAAGGAGACAAACGCUAAACGGGGAGGAAAACAUUUGCUCCGGGGUUCCGUUCAACCCGCUGCUAAUCGGCUGAUGUGUCGAGCGCGCUUAAUGCAUGGAAAACAACGACACGCUUUGCAGCUUGGCGGCGCUGCUAACUGUGUUAUGUGCACCACACUCAUGUCGUCCAUUUUAAGCAAUCGGAACCUCAAAAAUAGUGGCGUCAGCCAGGACAAAACUUAAGGGGCUAAUCGGGCUGGAAAGGGAAUUCCAGGGGUGAUUAUUUGUUUUAAGUUUAUACAAUACAUGUAACAUUUACCCCCCCCCCCGGAUUUGCAGAUAAUUUUUCCAUUUUGUGGGAUUUUUUUUCAUUUACAGGAUAAUUAAUUGGAAAAAUAUUUGUUUGCGGUCAUCGCAACGCCAAAGAAAAUCACUUUCGGAUAAGUUGCAUCAUCAACAAACAGGGUCUUGGGAAAGACGGAAAACGAUAAUUUGAGGGCAUUCACGAAAAACGCAAGAAAAUCCGUCUUGAAACAUCCAAUGGCUAGAAAAGGUCUACACACCCCAGUGCAAAUGAAAUUGGGGAAAAAACAGGGUGGGCAAAACAUUUCACACUCUUUUCCUGUACCUAACCUCCUUGGACAUGUUGCAUUUGUCGACAUUGACUUGUUAGUAACAUACAAACUAAUUAAGUCACGUGUUACUGCUAGGCUACAUCAAACCCAUUUUAAUGUCGUUUCUAAUAACAAACUGCAAUUUAAAUCACGACAAUGGUGGCCGAACAAAAAAGACAAACUCCCAUUUUUUUUAAAGUGACUUCUUUUUAUGCCCCCCCCCACCCCUUUCUUCCCAAACAAAAUAUUAACCCUGGAAUUUGCAAAAAAACGUCCGCUUCGACCCGAAAUGUUCCCGCUCUGAAUAUUUGUGCUAUUGGUGCGGAUCUUCGCCAUUUGUAUUCACACCUGAAGCGAACCGCAUCAGAGUUCGUUUGAAAGUGAACCGAGACCACUUUAUCCGCACCAGGAUUCGUUUGAGUGUAUUCACACCUGCACAAAAAGUCCGGACCAGCCUUCCAAUCCAACUCUGGUCCGUUUCAAGUGGACCAAACAGUCAGGUCUGAAUACACCCUGAAUAAUUGACACUAUACUGAUAGUAAUGCCAUAAAAAUGUCACUAAGCCAUCAAUUCAAAUUGCACAUUUUAAGCAUUGUUUUCGUUUUGCUGAUUUACAAACGUCCACCAGUAGGAGUCAAUGUCGUUUCAGUUAAAAGCACCACUGGUGAGUAAAAGAUUUCAAAAAAGCAUGUGAAAUUAUUAUUGAAAUCUGCGUUGUUGUUAUGAUUGAGUUGUGUGCUUGUUGCGCAAUGGGUUGUUUAUUUCAAUUCAGAGACAUCCGGAAUGUUCUUCAAGUGAAUUUGGAGAUUUUGUGGCAUUGUUAAAGUACGGGAAAAAAAAUUGUAGUUUUUAUUUUAUAGUCAUAUUUUUUGUGCAGAAUAAAAAUGUUCCAAUAAACAACAAAAUAUAUCUUUUAAAUUAUUGACCCCAGCUUCAUUGCAAACCCUUCAUCAUUUUCAUCUUCAACCAUGAUAAUAAACAUCGUCAAAUAUUCACAAUGAUAAAUAAAAAGUAACACCAUUGCUAAAUGUUCCAGGUUUUUUUUUCAAAAAUUAUUUUCUCUGAUGGAAGAAUUUACACAACCCAAAGAGGGGAUGGGGGUGGGAUUGACAGAAAAAAAAUUAAGUAGCACACUCAUCGAUGUCAUGGCCAAUCCUGAUUGAUUUUGAACGUGCGAGUCUGUCAAGGGGACAAUCAAAAUGGAGCUUUUCACCUUUUCAAAGAAACUAUAUAGGUUUAGAGCUCUAUAGGAGCCGAUGGUCAAUUUUCUGUCAAGUUAUUUGCGUAAGUUGUGACAAGAAACAUGACUAACUCGAUGUCUAUUGGCUGACUGCUUAUGUCACAGUGUCAUGUCCUACAUAAAACGAAUAGGAAUGACAAUUUAAAGAGUUACUUUUUGGUUUCGGUGCAAUUUUUCGAAUAUUGUGCGGUGCAUAUUAUAUGCGCCUUGGCCACCUGGUGGAAGAAGAGUACAAACGUGGUGAUAGUACCAACUCCUUUGUAAGCUACAGUAUCGUUCUCCGUUCUUCACAGAGGAUAAAGAAUAAACGAUUGGAAUAUUUUUUAUAUAAUCUGUCUACAAGUGUUUGGGCCAUCCAUUUGUGUUCAAGUAUCUGUUGCUUAAAGGGCUAUCAAACGGAGGCUAUUUGGUAGCCCGGUUUUGUUUGUUUGUUUGUUGAAAACAACCAGUGCAGAGCACAUUAAGUGAACAAAGCUGUAUCAGUUAAUUGGCGUCAAGUUUGGCGUCUUGUUUCUUUACUGUCACACCCCAUUGCUUUGGGUCUAAGAUUUCAAAGACUAAUUUGGGUCUCAUUUCUUUACUGUCACAUCUUGUUGUUUUGGGCUUAAUAUUUCGGUCCGUAAAGCAUGCUCUGUAUCCUUUAUAUGAAUGUCAACAUAUUCAAAAUCAACUCAGUGGGCAGCUGUGACAGGAAGUGGUGAGUUUCACAAUAAAAGCCCCUCGUCUGGUCCCAGUAGCACUUUUUAAAAUAAAUGUCCUGGACUCAGUCCACCCAGAAAAAAAAAGCAGCACAAAGUUAAGAGAGUGAAAAAACUAAACAAAACUACAACAGAAAACAAAACGCUUUGGUAAACCUCUUCUUCCUGCCCCCCCAAGAAUCGCACCAACAUUUGGAGUACAUUUGCACAAAAUAUCAUCUGCAAAAGCCUUCAUUGCAAACUACAUUCAAAAACAUCAUUAAAAUAUUUAAUUUCACGCAAUAAAA